GAUGCAAGUUCUUUAGAGUGUGGUCACUAGGUAACCUCUGUGCACUGUGUAUCCUGACGAGAGCCUGCAUUUCUCUCUGAACUCCACAUAUAUUUCAAUGACAAACUAGCUGAUCAGUGGUAAACAGUGGUUAUCUAAAGGUAUGCUUAUGCCGUAAAACCGGACACUGGAGCUCAGCAUGAACGAUCAUCAAAACCUAGACCCCUUGAAAGAAAUUUCCUUUAAUGAAAAAGUAGUUUUUUCUGCCAGACAUGACUUGGCCUUGAGACAGAGUAAGGAGUUUGCUGUUCUUCCCCGAACUGUAAAGAAUGUCAGUCUGUGGCACCUAAAACCCCCCGAUUUCUCUCCGAAGUUGUAUAAAUCCCUGGGUUUGCCACAGAAAAAACAGGAAAAAAGGCGCCCGCCUUUAAUUAUGUCAUCUAGUGAUACCUUUAAGAAUAUCACAGAGAUGACCUCAUCGAUUUUACAUGGCACUCGUGCAAAGGAGGUGACUGAGCCGUUUGCUUUGCGACACCGGCCCCCCGACUCACUGGAAUCCAAGCUCAUGUUUGUGAAGUUUGGCAAAUAUCCAGAUUUUCCCUACAGGGACCCCAAACCCCAUGAUUUCAGACAGUAUUCUGAUGACAUGCCCGACAUAGUGACCACAACUGAAAAGUACCCCAAUAAUCCGAACUUUAAAUCACAACACUUGAGCACUAUUAGACAGACUGGAUCUUUAGAAGAUACUCACCAGCAUGAAAGGCUGCAGAGAUUUGACACCUUUUUGCCAGCAGAACCCAAAUGGGAAGCCAAGCUGAUCCUGCCAAAGGAUCCCUGGCCAAAUAAAUCAGCCUCAUACACGCGACACAGACGAAGAAGAGGACUGUACAGUGCUUUCAUGGACAGGGUGGAGGAGAAGCUCACCAUCUUGUGGAAAAGUUGCUGACGCCAUGACUCAUGAUUCAUUUGCCAAGCAAUUUACAAACACGCAUCACAGAACACGCAUAACACGUCACACAACACGCAUCACACAACACGCAUCAGAUAUCACACAUCACACAACACGCAUCACAC